AUGCGUACAUACCCUUUGCUCCUAGUGGCUGCCGUCACCCUCUCUGCCUAUGCUGAUGCGUCGUCAACACGAUCAAGUUCGACAUUCAAGCAUCCAGCACUGUCUCAUCAGCACGCUCCUCAGCGGCUUCUGCGAGGUGGGGCGGAAACAACCAACGAGGAAAGGGGAGGUAAUCCCUUUAAAAAAUUUCUAUUUGGAAAGAAGAGUAAUGAUAAUGAGGCGAGUAGUUCUGCGAUAGAGCGUUAUGAAGAAGCUGUGGCGAGAAGGCAUUCGGAAGAAUAUAUUGAAGAAGUGAGCAGGCCUGCGGUGGGAAGUCCUGAAGAAGUGAUGUUGUAUGUGCGCGAGGGUAUUGAUGAGAAUGAUCAUAUUAAAAGUUCUUCUCUCGCAUUCAAUAGUUACUUUAAGUGGUCACUUAAAGAGAAUCCUGACGGAUAUUCGAAGGAAACGCUUGGAUUCAUGGCGAAUGAAUUGCUUAAAUUGUGCCAUUAUGAUUUUGAAUCCUAUUUACGGACGCUGAGAUAUCUUCCCACUUCAGAUAUACAUUUUUUAUAUUCAAUUGAGGAUAUGGUGACGUAUGCACUUGAGGGGGUUGCACUUCUGAAUUCGAUGGCUUCUCCCGUGUUUUUUUUAGAAAGAUUUACGAAAGUCACGUCGGCUGAUGUGUUUCAAGAAACAAACUUCAAAUUGUGGGUUUUGUAUAUGAAGGGGUAUUCUAGUGCUCACAAAACAGAUUUUUGGCAAGAAAUUGCGUUUUCGAUGAAACAGCAUUACGGCCUUGAUUUUUUUAAAUACAUCGUGCAAACUUCCUAUCAUAUGAAUGGUGAAGCUAAAUAUUUCGGUCAAAAUUUAAAAAAAUUCUUGUGA